AGACUUUCUUUUAGGCCAUGGGUUUGAAAAUUUUAGUAGGUGUGAAGCGAGCUAUCGACUAUGCUGUUAAGAUCCGAGUACGCCCUGAUAAACUCGGAGUUGUCACCGAGGGAAUCAAACACAGCAUGAAUCCGUUUGACGAAAUAGCCGUUGAAGAGGCUAUAAGGUUAAAAGAAAAGAAAAAAGCUGACGAGAUUAUUGCGUUCAGCUGUGGCCCUCCCCAAUCACAAGAGACGCUCAGAACAGCUUUAGCAAUGGGAGUCGAUAAAGCAAUUCAUGUUGAGGUAGAUCAAGCAACUCAUGAGGCAAUUUCACCGUUACACGUUUCCAAAAUGAUUGCUAAGCUAGUAGCCGAGCACAGUAUCGAUCUAGUUCUUCUGGGAAAACAGGCAAUUGAUGGAGACAACGCCCAAACUGGUCAAAUGACUGCUGGACUACUCGGCUGGCCCCAAGCCACUUUCGCCUCAGAGCUGCAUUUGAGUGACUCCAACUCAGAAGCGCAAGUGGUGCGGGAGGUGGACGGCGGUCUGCAGACUAUCAAAGUGAAAUUACCCGCCGUGAUCACUGCUGAUCUACGACUGAACGAGCCAAGGUAUGCGACACUACCCAACAUCAUGAAAGCCAAGAAGAAACCGUUGACCAAAUUAUCUCCCGCUGACCUGGGAGUAGAUAUGACCCCCAGAAUACAGGUGCUAUCAGUGGAAGACCCCCCAGUUAGAGAAGCAGGCCAAACAGUACCCGAUGUGAGCACCCUUGUUGAAAAACUAAAGGGAGCCGGGGUGAUCUAAUUUCAAAGUGAUGUCACUCUUUUCAGCUCAGUGGAAGUAAACAGAAUUGCACAAUUCAUCAUUUUACAUGACGUGUUUUGCCGAUCCACGCUUUUGAUAUAUGGUUACAUGAAGGUCGUCCAUCAUGUCAUGACAUAAGAUGAUAAAUUGGUUUAUAA